CGUACUCCGUACAUAGUUAUCUCUCCAACAACAACCAGCUAUCAUGGCCUCGAAUUCACGAUGGGCGGAUACAGAGGAGGAUACCGCAGCGGAAAUACACCGCAAGAGGGAAAAGGAGGAACGAAAGCGAGCCAAACAGCUAAAGGCGCAACAAGAGCAGGAAGCUCGAGAAGCUCGAGAAGCGCAAGCCAAAGCCACUAGCAGCGUAUCUACAGAUAUUGACGACCGUCCGGCGAAACGGAGGAGAUUAUCGGGUGAAUCCGAGUCAAACGAGGUACAUGAUGAGCAACCUCGUCCUCUUCUCCGGUUCACGGCGCCGGGAUGGGGUCCGAGUCGACGGAUCGAGAACUUCGAAACAUUGAACCAUAUCGAGGAAGGGUCAUAUGGCUGGGUGUCGAGAGCACGGGAAAUGGCAACAGGCGAGAUAGUGGCGCUCAAGAAGUUGAAAAUGGGGAAUCCCACCGAAGGGUUUCCCGUCGUUGCGCUUCGCGAGAUCCAGAUACUCAACCAAUGCCGGCAUAAGCAUAUCGUUGCGCUUCGAGAAGUCGUGGUUGGUUCGAAGCCAAGCGAUGUCUAUAUGGUGAUGGAAUUCCUCGAGCACGACCUGAAGUCGCUGAUGGAGGACAUGCGGGAACCAUUCUCUCCCUCGGAAACCAAAUCUCUCUUGCUACAGCUUUCUUCUGCUGUAUCAUAUCUCCACUCCCACUGGAUCCUUCACCGCGACCUCAAAACUUCCAACAUCUUGAUGAACAACCUUGGUCAGAUCCGCCUUGCGGACUUCGGCAUGGCGAGACAUACGUCCAAUCCACCGCCAAAGAAUCUAACGCAGCUGGUUGUCACCUUAUGGUAUCGCUCGCCGGAGCUAUUGCUUGGGACUACGACGUAUGGCACAGCGGUGGAUAUCUGGAGCAUAGGAUGCGUCUUCGCCGAACUACUGACCAGAUCUCCCCUCCUGCAAGGACGGAACGAAGCGGAUCAAUUGGCAAAAAUAUUCGCAACCCUCGGCAUUCCCACCGCUGCGAAUUGGCCCGGCUUCCGUCGCUUACCACACGCAAAGUCGCUCGCUCUACCGUCCAAUCCACCGCCACCUCCGCCGCUCCGUUCGAGUUUCUCAUUGUUGACGGGGGCAGGUGCGCAGCUGCUGGAACGGAUGUUGGCCCUGAACCCGGACGACAGACCCGAAGCCGAAGAGGUGUUGCAGCAUCGGUACUUCCAAGAGGAUCCGAAGCCGAAGAGCGAGAAGAUGUUUCCUACAUUUCCGAGCAAGGCUGGGCAGGAGAGACGGAGGCGGGUUGCGAGCCCAAAGGCUCCGAGAGGGAGGGAAGCGGAUGCUGGAGCGGUUGGACAUGUUGAUUUCGGAGGAAUCUUCAGUGCAAGCCAGGAUUCAGAAGCUGGCAGCGGAUUUAAUCUCAAGUUCAGAUAAUCCGAUAUACGGGAGUGCAUCAACUCUUGAGAUCCAACGAGACUUGCCGCAGUUCAAUUUAUUAUUGAAGAAAUGUCUGAGCUCAUCCGUGGUAGACGAACUCGUUCCAAUGAAUACCUCGAAGACUACGAACUCGU